UUCUGUUAUUCAUAAGCGUUUGGUUAAUCACGAACUUUAUCGUCCACAACGAAUGGAGAAGAUAAACAUGAUCAAAAUGAGACUUGUUCUGGCAUUUGUACUUGGAUGCUUCCUUCCUUCAGGUGGUGAAGUUGUCAACAUGAAAAUUGUUGAAGAGCCCUCAAAUUAUGGUUUCAACAAUUACAAUGUUGGAAUUGUUAAUGAUGAACCAAAGUUGAAGAUGCGUAUAAAACCAUCAAAUUUUUCCGGUCCUCCACACCUGAGAAAUUUUGAGAACAAAUGCUUUGAAAAAGAGAUCUUGGGUUACAAGUAUGAAUUUUGUCCAUUUGCAAAUGUUACACAACAUGAGCAGUCCUACAGGUGGAAUCCAUUCCGUGGAGUACUGGGUGUGUGGCAAGAAUGGGAAAUAAAAGACAAUAAGUUUGUUGCGAUGAUUAUGAGAGAAGGAGAGAGAUGUGGAGACAUUUCCCGAAGUACAAAGAUUCUGUUUGAAUGCGCGGAGACUAACGAGAUCCUGAAUGUGACGGAGUACAGCAAGUGUAACUAUCAGCUACAAUUCUCCACACCAUUGGUAUGUGCAGAACAUUCCAUGUUGGUAUACCCACACCUGUCACCCCCACUGCGUCUGAAAUGGGAUCUCCUACAGGGCCAGUACCAACGUGAAGAAAUUACUCGCAAGGGAUAUGACAAGCAUUUGAAGAAACUGUUUAUAGAGGCCGGAUAUUGUAUGUCAGAAAAUAUCCAACAAAUCAUUGCUAAAUCAGCCGUAGAACAGGAGAAGAUGGAGGAAAAAGAACAGAAGGGUGAAUUUGAUAGCCUUUAUCAGUGUAAGGAGGAAUAUCAAAAACUGAAAAAGGAAGUUGAAGGUCUGAGAGCACUGUUGGCUGUGAAAAACGAUGAAGUACCAGUUCCACAGCCAGUAGACGCAGGACCAGAACAUAGCAAUAGUACAGGUGUGUGAUAAAGGAAGCUGUUCACAUCAAUAAGCUAUUAUUUAUACUGACUCUAUCAGGGCUUUUCCAGUAAAACAUCUACCCAACCCCAGGACUCCAGGUUUGGUUAAGGGGUACCACCUAUAGAAUUUAUUUAAUAAAUUACAUAGAAGUAAUAUGAAGGCAAUCCAAGCAUGUAUGGAAGUGAUUUAAUGAGGAGUCCUGGGGUCCGGUAUAUAUUUUAUUGGAAUAGCCCUCGGGGAAGAUAACUGUGUCUUAGUUAUAAAUGCUGGAUGAAGAAGUACCAAUCCAACAGCAAGUAGACACAGCAACAGUAAAGAUGUGUGACAAAGGAAGUUGUACACAUUAAUAAACUAUUAUUAAUACUGGUGUCAGGGGAGAUAAUUUCAUUAUAAAUGUUGGAUGAAGAAAUACCAUAUACAUGUGUGUGUAGAUAAAUGGUGUUUAUACAUACUGAAUUUAUAAUUUGCUGUUUAGUACACAGUGAUCGGUUUACAUAUGUGUCUGUGACCCAUUGUCUGUUCUUUUCAUUCUAAUAAAAUGUUUUAUCAAACUAAAAUAACAAAAAAAAGUUUUAAGGAAGAAAUAGUCUCGCAGUGACAAGGUACACGGGACCAAAUCAUGAUAAUGGUAAAAAAGUGUGAAAAGGAAGCAGAUAACUUUGAUACUAUCAAACUAUCUAUCUUAAGAUAUUCUUUUUACACUAACACUGUGGGAUGGUGAAAACGGCACCAUAAAUGUUGGAUGUUGUAUUGUGUGUAUGCAUUUAUACGACUCAUUGCUCCGUCGUAGAGGGAAUUUACGUUUUAAUAAAGAUAAGCAGAGGUUGUUAAUACAUGUAUGUAUGUGAGAUGACACAGUAUGAGAGUAUAGGACAGAAUGUGUGUUUUGAAUGUGGCAUUACAUGAUAUCCAUAAUGCUCUUUAUUUUUCUAAAAGGAAAGUCUUUCAUCAUUAAUAUUAUUGACCAUCCCAGAUAGGUUAGAAAUAUCUGGUACUUAUUGUGUUAUUACAAAUACUAUGUAUUGCCAUGUUUGUAUUUUGAAUUAUAGUGCUCGUGGGAAAGGCUUUGAAAAUAUUUGGUGUUAUAGUAUGUCAAUUAUGUGGUGUAAAAAUUAAAGGUCCGACAUUCCAAUCAUCCAUUGAUACAGUAAUGGUAUGUAAAUAUUGUAGUGUUAAUAUAUCGUUACUGAAAGAUUUAUAUAAUACACUGUACAUUGUAACUGUUACUGUAAUUAUAGUGACAAUAAAGUGCUUACACUGUAAUUAAAUGUUUAUACUGUAAUACAAUGUACAUUGCCACUGUAUACAGCAUUACAAUGUUACUGUAAUAUUUUGUUUCUGUAACUGUAAUACAUUUUUACUGCAAUACAAUAUUACAGAACAUUGUAAUGCUUUCUUUCAUUAACUU